AUGAAUCUUCAAAUAGAGUGCUAGGGUCUUAAAUUUAAUUUGGAAUGUGUUUAAUCUUUAGAAGAAUUGAAAUCAAAACUUCAGUAAGCUGAACCAUCAUUUGUUUUGUAGUCAUUAACUUAUAAAGAUGAAGAAAAUGACAUCAUCACUUUGUCUGAUGAAAAUGAUUUUAAUUACCUCCUUACAAAAUCUUUUUAGAUUGUCUAAGCUGAUGGGUAAUUUAUUAAAGAAUGUACCUUAAAUGAUGUCUAAGAAACAGAAGAAGAAAUAGAAUCGAUUAAAUAAUAAAUAGAGUUCUAAAAAAAAAUCAAUGGCAUUAUCAAUAAAAUUCAGUUUAGGUGUGUUAUAUAAGAAGAAAUGAUGAAAUUUCAUAUUUGUUAAUUUGUGGCAAUAGAAGAAUAAGAAUUUACUUAUGAUGAAGAAAACAUGGAGUAAUUCAUGAAUAAAGUUGAAUUAUUGCAACAAAGCUUAUGUGAAUAAUUCUUUAAUUCUUAUUAAUCAAUGAGACUUAACAAGCUGGUUGAAUUAAAAGAAAACCAAAUAUGUGGUAAAGAUAAGCUUUUUGAAUUAUCUGAAUAAUUAAAUUAGUUGGAACAAAUUAAAUCAAAAUAAUUAUCUUAUCUAAAUUUAAAAGGAAAUUAUAAUACUUAAACUUAAAGAGAUGCAAAAAAUGAACUAUAGAUUUUGUGA